UGUCUCGAAGCCACUCGGCCCUCUGCCCCCAGCAUGGCUAUCGACUAUGAAAGAGUCGCAUUUUCACCAUGCUUUCCCCGUCUUCCACUCAAGCUCUCGCCCGUCUGCGCGCAUACAGCCCACCUCCGACAAAUUGGUAUAAUUGUCCAGUAACACGACGCGCGGCCGUCUUGAUACUUCUUUUCCCGGAUCGGUAUGGAGAACUCAAGGUCGUGCUCACGAUGCGCGCAAGCACGUUGAGGAGUUAUGCGGGGCAGGUUGCACUGCCUGGUGGCAAGGCAGACAGUUUGUCUGAAACCCCGUUCGAUACUGCAAGAAGAGAAGCAUAUGAAGAAAUUGGCCUGCCGACAACGAAUACAAAACUCCCGCCCGGCUUCAAGGUUGAACAUCUCUGCGAAUUGCCUGCGAAUCUUGCGAAGACAGAACUCGGUGUAAGGCCUUGUGUGGCCUUUUUGUGUCCUUCUUCCCCGCCUUCAUCUUCCGCUUCAUCCGGGUCCGGGUUUUCAUCUGCAGCCCCAUCCUCAAGCCCCGUAGAAGAAAAAAUGAUUCCACGUCUCGACCCCAAGGAAGUCGCCGCCGUCUUCACCGCCCCCUUCCAUAACUUCCUCCGAAAGACAUGGGCGGCCGAAGCUCCCGGGCCCCUGCAGAAAAAUGGGAAACCCGAGAAAUGGUAUAGGGGCAGUUGGACGGAUUGGCAUGAAUCUAGGUGGAGGAUGCAUAAUUUCUACAUACCGAAACCGUCGCAGAGCCCGAGCCAGAUGAGGGAGAAAUCGCCAUUGCCUGAUUCGCAAGCGGAGGGUGACGCUGCGAGAUAUAAUCUAAGGACGCGGAAAAAGGUGGGUAAGGCGGAGGAACCGAAUCCGCUGGACGAUCUUGCGACGUUUCGGGUUUUUGGUAUGACGGCGAGGAUCCUGGUGGAUGCGGCGAGAGUAGCUUAUGGCGAGGAGCCGGAGUUUGAACAUAACAGUCAUUUUGGAGACGAGGAUAUGAUUGGGAGGUUGUUGAAGAUUGGGCGGUUAAGUGAGAUUAGGAAGAAGGGGGAGGAAUUGACGAGGGAGGUUAUUAGGGAGGCUAGCAAGAUCUAG